AAAAAGGCAGGGUAGGAGGGAGGGAGUGCAUUGAAGGAGUGGUUGUCAAGCUAUAAACACGGCAUAUCUGAUCUGCCUGAGCAAAGUAUUCUAUCAAACCUAAUUUCUCCAGACAGACUGCUUAUACCAACUAAAGAAACUUUUAGCCGAAACAGCCCUCUCAUCAACCGCAGCGUAGAACUUCAUUUACAAGGAAGUCAAAGUGGACGGAUGCUGGUGAUUGCCCCAUGGCAGCGGCUACCUCAUUUCAUACAUCCAAUACAAGCUAUAACUUGGAAGCAUAUUUUAGAAUGAAGCGAGGUAGACUGACAGUUACUAUGGAGAGUCAGGUUGUACAAACACAACAGAGAAAGAAAAAACAGAAAAUGGAUAUUCCGACUUCUAAACAGUGCAAAUAUCAGACACAAGCAUGUGUUCUAGACUGGGGUACUCUGCCACAUCAUGUAGUAUUACAUGUAUUUCAGUACCUUCCAUUAGUGGAUAGGGCCCGUGCAUCAUCAGUUUGUCGACGGUGGAAUGAAGUCUUUCAUAUUCCUGAGCUAUGGAGGAAGUUUGAGUUUGAGCUUAACCAGCCGGCUACUUCAUACUUAAAGUCUACUCACCCUGAUCUCAUUCAACAAAUCAUUAAAAAACAUGCAAAUCACCUUCAAUAUGUUAGCUUCAAGGUGGAUAGCUGCACUGAGUCUGCUGAAGCUGCAUGUGACAUACUUUCACAGCUUGUCAACUGUUCUAUCAAAACACUUGGACUGAUUUCAACAGCAAAACCCAGCUUUAUGAAUGUGUCAAAGUCUCACUUCGUGUCUGCACUGACGGUUGUUUUUGUAAACUCAAAGUCACUAUCCUCAAUAAAAAUUGAUGAUACACCUGUUGAUGAUCCAUCUUUGAAAGUUUUGGUUGCCAACAACAGUGACACGCUGAAGCUCUUGAAAAUGAGCAGUUGUCCUCAUGUUUCUCCUGCGGGAAUUCUUUGUGUUGCCGAUCAGUGCCAUGGUCUUAGGGAGCUAGCUCUCAACUAUCAUCUCUUGAGUGAUGAGCUAUUGUUGGCUCUAUCGACUGAGAAACAUGUUCGGCUUGAACACCUUCGUAUAGAUGUUGUGAGUGAAAAUCCAGGCCAAACGCAGUUUCACACGAUUAAGAAGCAAAGUUGGGAUGCGCUCAUCAAGCAUUCUCCAAAAGUGAAUAUUGUUAUGUACUUUUUUUUAUACGAAGAGGAAUUUGAUGCAUUUUUCAGAGAGGAAACCCCAGUUACUCAUCUUUACUUUGGGCGUGCAGUUAGCAAAGCAAUGCUAGGUCGUAUUGGUAUGAACUGUCCACGUUUAAUUGAGCUAGUGGUUUGUGCAAAUGGACUUCAACCUUUGGAUGAUGAGCUUAUUAGAAUUGCUGACCGAUGCAAGAACUUGACAGCUAUUGGCCUUGGAGAGUGUGAAGUUUCCUGCAGUGCAUUUGUUGAAUUUGUUAAAAUGUGUGGAAGAAGACUGACACAGUUAUCCAUAAUGGAAGAAGUACUAAUUCCAGAUAACAAAUACAACCUGGAGCAAAUUCAUUAUGAAGUUUCAAAGCAUCUCGGAAGAAUGUGGUUCCCUGAUAUGAUGCCUACCUGGUAGAUGAAAAAAGACUAGGUUCAGGUCAAGAAUCUUUCAUGUUUUUAAAUUCAGCUUUGCUAACUAUGCAAUAAUCACCUGUCUUACAAACAAUGGAAAUAUCCAUAUGUAAGGUAAAUAUGGUAAGGUAAUGAGAAUAGUUUUAUUGUUAUGGACAAGUGUGACCAUAACAUUGUUAUGGUUUAUUUAUAUAGCGCCAUUUACACUGCGCUUCUUACGGUACAUACAUUCAAAGGGUAUGACAAAACUAAAACUGACAAGCUAAAAUAAACCAAUACAUUACAUAAGAUUACAAUAUAAACCUAAUCUGUAUCCAUUACAAAGUUAGUGAUAUAUGUGUCAAUCAUGCAUGUUUGCCAUACAAAAUGCAGCUAAAAUGUACUAAAA